UUUGUGUUUGCAGUUGUAGAAACUACUGAAGGGAACGUCACAACGAUCGAAGGCAAAAUGAUAGACAAUGUGGAAAUCCCAAGCCCUCCAAAUCCUUCUGGUAACUGUCCUAUUUGUCGCUGGAACUUAAAACACAAGUACGAUUAUAUGGACGUCCUACUGCUAAGUCAGUUCAUAACCUCUACAGGAGGGAUGAUAUCUCGUAAGAUCACGGGCCUUUGUGACGAAGAGCACAGAAAGAUUGCAAUGUGCGUGGAAAUGGCUCACCGAGCAGGUUUGCUGCCAGAUCAUAAACCUAAACGUCCUGAAGGUUUUGUUUCCAAACCUAAGCUCAACAGGUACCAUACCAGAUAUCCUAUCGAAUGUGUGAAACCCAUUUACAAGAAGGGGAGAAAAUGGUGCAAAGUUCCUAUGCCUAUAUCUCAUCCACUACUUAAAGAUAAUAUUACUUAUGGAUCAAAGCCCCUUCGUUUUAACCACUGAAGGAGAGUGCAGCUUUAGUUGACAGUAGAUGACAUUCAUUCAAACCAUCCUGUGUGCAUUAUAGAUGUUUUGUAGAGUCUGGAAGAAAGAAAAUGGUUGCAGUUUGGUGAUGUUGUUUUGCUGGAGCCUGGGAGGGCUAGAUGAACAACCAAUUUGUCGCCUCUAUGGAGGCAUAUCUCAUUUUUGUGUAUAUUCCAAUUAAACACUUGAGAUGAAUUUUUUGUGAUCAGUUUUUUCCAGUUAUUUCAAUACCUUUACAAUUUGCAUCCUAUACUACCCUAAACAAUUGCUGAAGAAUAUGUAAGAUUUGGAAGAGUUCUUUUUAAAAAAUCAUACAGUCCAGAUCCCUGCCCAGUACAAGGAAUACCAGUGCUAAAAUAUCUCCAGAAAAUGUCCACUAUCUCCUUAAGUAGCCUAUUGUUGAAUAGUGUAGCAUUACAUUUUCCUGUCCAAUCACAAUCUGCUUCCUUGUAAUUUAAGUAAUUGUUUUUCAUCUCAUCUAAGAUUUUCCUUCCUUACAGUUUAUUAUCUGGUUACUCUCCUCUGGACACUCUACUUUGUCAUUCCUAAAAUACACAUCAAAAAUUGGGUGCAAUAUCCUCAGUAUGGCCUGACAAAGCUAUUUUGACUCUCUAUACUUUUGUGGAUGCAGCUAAGGAUUGCAUUUCGGGUUUUUUUGUAACGCUUCUGCAGGAUUCUGAUUCUUCUUGCUUAUACCCCUGCCCCAUUUACUUUUCUACCCUCAACUCUAUGUCCAGAUCUUUGAUUUGUUGUGUCUCUAUAAAUAUCCUCUUAUCCAGUCAUGGUUGUCCCAAA